AGUUCUGUGUUCCAAAUAGUUCCGACUCACUAACAGUCAACUUCAGUCAAUGGCUCCUUCACAAGUUUCUGGUAUGAUGAUGAGGAAUCUUGUUUUUGGGGUCAUUCUUGGACUUCUCGCUGUUGUCCACUCAACACCUGUUAACACUGUAACCCAGAUCCCCACCAAAGAUGAGGAUGAAGUUUUCAAAGAGGCCGUGACAGAAGGCUACCUUGUCGAACCCUAUUUCAUCAGGUUGCUCACAACUGAAUCACCCAAAAGAAACACAAGCGUUAAGGCAUCCACCCAGAAGCUGUCCUCUGACUCCAAAGAGAGGGACAUGAUUGAAGGCAGUGCUGCGGGGGACACCAACGACAAGACAUCCAUGUUCCUCCAGUUUGCAACCACAACUCCGAGUGUUUCACACGUUCAGAGCUCUGCCUCCACAGUAUUGACAAGGGACACUGUCCAUUCCAGUCCAGAUCCAGCCACCAGCCGAAGCCAUCAGUCUAGCUUUACCUCUUCAUCAGUGCCAAGUAAAGCCCGGUCAAGCGUAACCCUAGACCAAAUCUCAGUCUCUCUAACUACUUACCCAGCUGUCUCCACCUUUGACUUCCUGAGCACCCAGAGUUCUGAUUUAGGGUCUGGAGAUGGAGAAAUGCUUGGCCAGUACUCUACUACAACCUCCAGUACAACGUCUAGCUCUAACACAGACACUAGCGCUGCAUCAUCAACCUCCACGGCAGCUUUUAUCAGACCAAAGGCUCCAGUAACGUUUGCCGGAAGUGAAGGAUCAGGCGAAGGAUCAGGAAUGGAGUUCAGUACAGUGUCAAGCAGUACUGGAGAAAAACUAAGAGCUGUGCAGCAUGCAAUACUCAAAGAUGUUCAAAACCCACUCAAAGUGGAUCAAGACAUUGUUCUGGGACCCAAGAACAAAGAACACAGUACGCCAGGUUGGAUCAUGAUCCUUGCUUUAAUGGUUGGUUUUGCAGCACUGGUAAUGGUCUUUGUUGCCCUCGCUACCAGAAACAAAUGGAGUGGACCACGCCAUGCAUCCCAGAUCGAGACCAAAACUAACUUCUCAAACCAGCAGAUGGGGCUAGAGAUGGAGACAUUCCUGCACAAAGACGAGCUCUUGGUGAAUGGAAAGGCAGGAGAUUACACAGUCAUCCCCCUGGAUGAGAUUCCAGAGAAAGAUUCAUCACACUGAAGUUCAGAAACAGACCCUCUGGCUAAUUUGAGGCUUUGAGACUCAUCACAGAACCACAAGACUGUGUUGGAAGCAAAUGGUUUUGAUCCGAGGAACAAAACUGUCGGGGCUGUUGAGCAAAAGUUUUCUGUGGACUUUCACAUCUCUGAGCCCAGUGUGAACCACAACCAUGAUCCGGCUUUUCCUGCUGACUUUCAAGAACUCUUAUAAUAGCUUUACUUUGAAACUAAUAUUUUGGUUGAUGAAUGUAUUGCCAUAUCUGCUCUUGUAUUAAGUGUAAAAUACAAAACUAGUUGGGUAGGAAUCACAAAUGCCAUUUAUUUCAAACAAAAUCUCAGUGUUUUAUUUUCUUUUUUUUUAAUUAUUGUAAAUAAUGUCUUUUUUUUAACUCUAUGUGGAUACAUGAACAUGAUCCUAUGUGCAGUCUGGUGGAAAUGUCUUUUUAAGGUGUCUUUGUUGUGUUAAAAAUCACUUUGUAAAAUCAUUAUUGAUGACUAUGUUGUUGAUUGUAAAUUAUAUGAAGCUAUUCUUUAG